AUGAUGCUCGGUAGGCUGGGUAUCGUCGACCCCACCAUUCCCCCUCCUCCCGACUACCUAGCCGUCCUCGGCCUCGCCCCCAAUGCAUCAACCAAGGAGAUAACCUCGGCAUGGCGGCGGGCCGUCCUCGCACAUCAUCCAGAUAAGCGUGACAACCCAACCGGCCAGUCAACCUCGGGGGUAUAUACAGGCGAAGCGAGAGACGGAGAGGUGGAUAUCCGGUUGAUCAAUGAGGCGAGAUGGGUGCUUUGCGAGCCGGCGAGGAGGCGGGCGUGGGAGGAACAGAGGGAGAAUAACAUAUCUGCAGGCCCAAGUCGACCAGCGGAGAAGGUCGGACCGCACAUCUAUCGAGAAGUCUCGCUAGAGCUAUUUACGCCGGUCUAUCCCGCUGGUCCAUCACGACAAGAUCCAGGUCCCACGGUAGAGAGUGCAGCCGGGACGAAGGGUGUCUCUGGGACCGCUACGGAUGAGGGGCCAGAAGAGGGAGAGGCAGAACCAUUAUCCUACACCUACCCCUGCCGCUGCUCCCACUUCUUCCGCAUCACGCAUGAAGAGCUGGAAGCGGGUAUAGACGUGGUGGGGUGUGACGGUUGCGGCGAGUUCUUGCGAGUAGGGUACGAGGUACUAGAGGAUGGCUAG